AUGUCAAACAAAUUUCAUUGCGAUGUAUGUUCUGCAGACUGUACGAACAGAGUGAGAAUAUCUUGUGCAGAAUGUCCAGAAUAUGACUUAUGCGUCCCUUGCUUUUCUCAAGGUUCAUAUAAUGGUAAUCACAGACCAUUUCAUGCAUAUAGAAUAAUUGAAACAAACUCAUACCCGAUUCUGUGCGAGGACUGGGGUGCUGACGAAGAAUUGGCUUUGAUCAAAGGUGCACAGAUUCUCGGACUAGGUAACUGGCAGGAUGUAUCAGAUCACAUUGGCCAUAGAACAAAAGAAGAAGUUGCUAAUCACUAUAUUAAAUACUACAUCGAAAGCGACUUUUAUCCAAUACCUGACAUCACAAAAGAGUUGAGCAUAUCGCAGGACGACUUCUUGAAUGCAAGAAAACAAAGAAUUGAAGACUUCGCCAAGAAACCAUUAGAACCUCCCAGAAAGCCUAUGGCCUCGGUCCCUAGUUGUCAUGAAGUUCAAGGUUUUAUGCCUGGCAGAUUGGAAUUUGAAACGGAAUUUGAAAAUGAAGCCGAAGGACCCGUUAAGGAUAUGGUAUUCGAACCAGAUGAUCAACCCUUAGAUAUUGAAUUGAAAUUUGCAAUUUUAGAUAUCUACAAUUCGAGAUUGACCACUAGAGCUGAAAAGAAAAGAUUACUGUUCGAGAAUGGGCUAAUGGAAUAUAGGAAACUCCAAGGCCUAGAUAAGAGAAGAAGCAAAGAGGCAAAAGAUCUUUUCAAUAGGAUCAAGCCGUUCGCUCGUUUAAUGACCGCGCAGGAUUUUGAAGAGUUUCAUAAAGACAUACUAGAGGAAUUACGCUGCAGAACUAGGAUAAACCAAUUACAGGAAUGGAGGAGUAAUGGUAUUACAACAUUAGAAGCUGGUCUUAAAUAUGAAAGAGAUAAACAAGCAAGAAUGACAACACUAGAAAAUUUUGGCAAUUUCAGCUCAUCAAGUGGCGCUAACGGAGCGUCCAGACACAGAAAUACUCCUUUACACAGAAAUAAUAUUGAUUACUCACAAAACUACGGGGAAGCUACAGGUAGGAAAAAAACCGUAACAAUAAGUGAUAUACAGCAUGCAUCUGAUUUCGGUCUAUUAUCAGCCAGCGAACAACAACUGUGUAUUCAUCUGAAAAUACUGCCCAAGCCAUAUAUCGCAAUAAAGGAGCUUAUGUUUAGGGAAUUAAUACGAAUGAAAGGUAUGAUGAAACGAAAAGAUUGCAGAGAUCUUUUAAACAUCGAUGCUACGAAGGCUAAUAAAAUAUACAGUUUUUUCCAGUCUCAAAAUUGGAUAUAA